AUGUUGGAUCCAGUUUUCUCAAAAUAUUUGUUACGCAUUGGAAAUGGCGAUGAGAAAACUGAUUCAUUUGAUAGGGUUCAACUCCCAAGUGAGAUUAUGCUACCUUUUGAAGACCAUGAUAUAUCAUUAACAAAAUUGUUAAAUGUUAUUUUUCCCGAUGUUAAUCUUUACUUUAAAGAUGUUCAUAAAAUGGUCAACCGUGUUAUUUUAACUCCAAAAAAUAUUUAUGUUGAUCAAAUAAAUAAUAUGAUGAUAGACCGAUUUCCCGGUGAUGCUAACGUGUAUUAUAGUUUUGAUGAGCCCAUGGAUAAGACUGAAAACACAUUUGAAGAAGAUUUUUUUAACAAUUUGAUCCCAAAUGGAUUUCCACCUCAUGAAUUAGUGUUAAAACUGAAUUGUCCUGUGAUAUUGCUACGAAAUAUAAACUCUGCUGAAGGGUUAUGUAAUGGAAUAAGAUUAAUUUGUCGCCACUUUGAACGAAAUAUUAUUUGUGCUGAGAUUGCUGUUGGAGAAUAUUGUGGCAAAAGAAUUUUAUUACCACGCAUACAGUUUGUACCCUUAGAAAGCAAUAACAAUCCAUUUGCUUUCAAACGAGCGCAGUUCCCAAUUCGUCCUUGUUUUGCAAUGACAAUAAACAAAGCUCAAGCUCAAACAUUAGAUUUUAUUGGAUUAUAUCUUCUAGAACCAGUAUUUUCACACGGACAAUUAUAUGUUGCAUUAUCUAGAGUUAGAAAGACUUAA